UACACUAGAUGCUCAAUAAAUAGCCCACGCCACAUUGCUGUCUAUCACAGUCAAUUGAGAACAUUUACGGUCGACACACGCUUUGCAGAGCAACGUAGAGAAUAUUAACCGAAUUCGAGCUAUAUUCAAUGGAAACUGCGCCAGUGUUCCAGUCUAGCUUCUCCAUACGCUCUCUGCUCUCCAGCACGCACCUGGAGGAGGAGGAGGGCAAAGGUGGGGAGGCGCACAAAUAUUAUAUGAGCUCCAGUCCAAGCGAUUCCUGCAACAGCUCCGAGGAUGCAUCAUCCGAGGACGGCAACACCACUUCCCCCACAGCCAUCAGCAGCAGCGGCAGCAGCAGCGGGGGUAGCAUCAGGUCGGAUGUGAAGCCCGCCUUCACGUACAGCGCCCUAAUCGUAAUGGCCAUACGCCGGAGCCCGGAGAAGCGUUUGACGCUGAGCGGCAUCUGCAAGUGGAUAGCCGAUAAUUUUGCCUACUAUCAGAAUCACAAGAGCGUCUGGCAGAACUCCAUACGCCACAAUCUGAGUCUCAAUCCGUGCUUUGUGCGCGUGCCGCGUGCCUUGGACGAUCCCGGACGUGGUCACUACUGGGCAUUGGAUCCGUAUGCCGAAGAUCUGACCAUUGGCGAGACAACCGGCCGUUUGCGGCGAAGCAACAACGCGCUACUCAGUCGCUCUAAGGCAGCGGUUGCUCUGCAAGGUCACGGCAAGAGCCACGGCUAUGCGCAUCCUUAUCAGCAACUGGCCAGCAAUCCGAACGCCGCCGCCGCCGCUGCUGCUGCUGCUCCUCAGCCUCAGCCUGAGCCUGAGCCUGAGCCUGAAGCCGAUGCGACGAUUGACGAUGGCGAUGCCAACGACGACAUCAACUGCAGCACCACCAUAUUGGUAUAG